CAAAAUCGUUCUUGUACUAGGGCAACAAACUUGUUUGAAUCCUUCUUGUACUAGGGCAACAAAAUCGUGCUAAGUUUUGAUUCCACUCUUAACAAUUAACAGACACACUUCUAUAAUUUCAUUAUACUUUUACCCUUCAUUUCAUUUUCAUCAACCAACAAACACAUUCUUCAACCAACCAUGUUUCGCAUAGCAUCAAAAUUAUCAUCAAGAUUCUCUUCAAGAGCUCUUGUUUCCCUCACAUCAAAACCCUCCCCCAUUUCAUUCAGAUCAUUCAACACUGGUUUGGCGUUGGACAAAAGAUACGCUUUGCGACAAGCAAGGUCUGAAAAAUCAGUUGGUUCGUAUGGUAUGGGUUAUUUGGUGUUGAAGCACUGUCUUACAACUGAGUUAACUGAAGGAAAUGACCCAAAACAUGAGAAUUCUAAAGGAAUUGCUUUGCUUGCUAUGUCUACAUUGUUUUGUGAAAGAGGAGAUUAUGUUGAUGCAAUUGAGGAGCUCAAUGGUGUUCAAGAAUUGAGUAAUUCUUACUUGGGUAUUAGAGUUGCUGCCUUUGAAGCUCAGGCUGGGCUUCAUCUAGAGUUGGAACAGGAUGAUAUGGCAUCUGAGGUGGCUGAUAAGUGCAUAGAGCUUGUGGAGAACGAGAAAACAGAAGAUUUUGAGGCUCUAAAUGUUCGUGCUAGAGCACUUAAAGGACUGGUUGAACUUGUAAAGGGUGAUAUUAAGUCGGCUGAAUCCUUCUUUGACAAAUCUCUCCGCACCAAGCUAUGCGAUGGCACUGCUGCUCUAUCGUAUGCGGAAUUCCAACAAACAAAGCAGAACUACUCAAUGGCAAAAGAGAUUUACCAGAAUGUCAUAGAUGGAGCCAGUGAACAUAAAGAGAGUGGUAAUGUAUACUUAGGAGGUGGUAACAUGAACGUGGAGGGUUUAAUGAUGGGAGCCAUGUGUGCUCUAGGACAGCUUGAAUCACAUUUGGGUAACUUCCGUAAUGCAGAGGAGCAUUUGACAAAGGCGUUAAAUAUGGCAGAGCAGAUCUAUGGCGAAAAACAUGCCAAGGUGGGUGCUGUCUUAACAUGUAUAGCUCUUAUGUAUAGGCGUAAAGCAAUUGACCAGCAAUCAAGUUCUCUUAUGGUUCAAGAGGGUCUCUACAGAAAAGUGUCAGAGAUUUUGAAGUUUCCACCAAAGGAAACUGAGUCUGAAGGUGCUGCACCGUCGGCGAAGACUCUAAAGAGAAGCGAUAUAGUGGCUCUUGCAAGCGGUGGAUAUGCAGAAAUACUUAAUGUCCAAGGAAAUAGAAAAAGUGAAGGAGAAAAGAUGAAGAGCUUGUCUGACUCUUUAUGGAAAAACCGCAGGAUGUCUCUGGACGAUUUUCUUGGAAAUACAGAAGCAAAUGUUUGUCCGGUUAUCGAUGCUCGUAUUAGCAGGCUUCUGUAAAUUGAUCCAUCUUCUGCUGCUUGUAGUAGGUUCAGGUUGGACUAGUGAUAAAAUGACACAAAAAAGGACUAAUUUUGUGCAAAAUUAGUUCAGGGUGUUGCUUGUAGUUAAAAUUUUAUGCUGUGGCAUAUACUAUGGUACUCAUUGUCAUGUAGGUAACAUUUCUAAGACAUAUGAUGACAUGAAGAGCGGCGACUUAGGUGACGAUUUAGAUGGAUUCAUUAUGGGAGAAGUAGCAAUAUCCAUUGUUGGAUAUAUUAGUACUUUAAUCAAUGGAUUAGGUUUAUUAUUGUGAAUUUCACUAUUAAUUCAAAAGUUUCAUUUUAAAAUUGCUUUUUA